AUCCACAUCUAUGCAUCUGUCGAUUCUGUCGUCUAUCUGUCAUUUUAGGUUAUAUUUUGGAAGCGACGUAAUAAAAAUAGCAACAAUGACUUUAUUUCGAAUAAAAUCCGCUCCAUUUGUGUUAAUUGAAGACGAUCUUACAAAAAAUAUUUUACCCUUAUUGAUUGAACUUAUCAAAGACGAAAAGGAUCAUGUUAAUUUAUUUUGUUAUGAGCAGCCUAGUACCCUCUGGAGGAAUGUUUUAAAACAUCAUUCCAAUAUCAACUAUCAUGAUGAAUUUAAUAGCGAUUUGUCCAAAAAAAGUGCAAAGUGUUCAGUAAUUAUAGACUCUGUUAACCAAAUGGCUCUUAACAUGGGUUGGCAUGAAAGUUUAAAAUGUUUAAAAAGACUACAGAGUGAUCCAAAUGUAAACAGGCUUAUCUUAGUGUUACACAGGGACUGUAUGUUACACACGGCCAAGCUACAAUCUCAUUUACAUCAUAUGGUUAAUGCAAUAAUAUCAUACGACAACACAAAUCCACAAAAAGUAUGGGUUAAAUUGAAAAAGGGUAGUAAGGUACUAAAAAGCGAAGAACUAAUUACAUAUGACAAUAUGAGCUCAAGUUUGAGGUUCACCCCUGUCAUAAAAGAACAGAAGAAAGAGGAGGAGACACCAAAACUGUUACCAGGAAAUCUAACUACCUUCAAGAUUGAAGUAGACCAGUCUGAAAAGAUUCACAAGGAUAACUUGAAACUUCCUUAUAUGAGUAAGAUACACGAAGGCGAGAGCAAAGUUUACUAUGAACCUGAUGCUGUUGAUGAUUGGGAUGAAGAAGACCCAGAUGAAGACCUUGAUAUAUAAAUAAAAUUUUACUCAUAA